UUCCUUGCUGCGUAGCGUGUAAACGCCGCGGCCUUUUCCGUUUCUUCCUAACUGACUGUAACAUGGGAGUCCCGGCGUUUUUCCGAUGGCUGAGCCGCAAAUAUCCCUCCAUUGUUGUGCAUUCCGUAGAGGAGAAGCCAAAAGAAUGCAACGGAAUCAAGAUACCAGUAGACACCAGCAAGCCGAACCCAAAUGAAGUCGAGUUUGAUAACCUUUAUUUGGAUAUGAAUGGUAUUAUUCAUCCAUGCACUCACCCCGAGGACAAACCAGCACCCAAAAAUGAGGAUGAAAUGAUGGUUGCGAUUUUUGAGUACAUCGACAGACUUUUCAACAUUGUGAGGCCAAGGAGAUUACUUUAUAUGGCCAUAGAUGGUGUGGCUCCACGUGCGAAAAUGAAUCAACAGCGUUCUAGAAGAUUUAGGGCUUCUAAGGAGGGUGUGGAAUUGACAGAAGAGAAAGCCAAAAUACGUGAAGAAGUAUUGUCCAAAGGUGGUUAUCUCCCUUCUGAAGAAGUGAAGGAAAGAUUCGACAGUAACUGUAUUACUCCUGGCACAGAGUUUAUGGACAACUUGGCAAAAUGUCUUCGCUACUACAUCGCUGAUCGCUUAAAUAAUGAUCCCGGCUGGAAAAAUCUUACUGUCAUUUUGUCAGAUGCCAGUGCUCCUGGUGAAGGUGAACAUAAAAUCAUGGAUUACAUCAGACGGCAAAGAGCUCAGCCUCACCAUGACCCAAACACCCAUCACUGUUUAUGUGGUGCUGAUGCUGAUCUUAUUAUGCUUGGAUUGGCUACUCAUGAGCCUUAUUUUACAAUCAUCAGAGAAGAGUUUAAACCGAACCAACCAAGACCUUGUGCUUUGUGUGGUCAGGUUGGACAUGAAAUCAAGGAAUGUCAGGGGCUACCCAGAGAGAAGAAAGGGGAGCACGAUGAAUUUGCAGAUCGUCCACCGGGCAGUGAACAGGAAUUUAUUUUCAUUCGCCUUAAUGUAUUGCGUGAGUAUCUGGAGAAAGAGCUGGCCAUGCCAAACUUACCUUUUCCUUGUGACUUUGAAAGAAGUGUUGACGAUUGGGUCUUCAUGUGUUUCUUUGUGGGGAAUGAUUUUCUACCUCACCUGCCAUCUCUUGAAAUCAGGGAGGGAGCCAUAGAUCGACUUGUUAACAUUUACAAAAAUGUUGUGCAUAAGACUGGGGGCUAUCUUACAGAAAGUGGGUUUGUGAAUCUGGAAAGAGUGCAGAUGAUCAUGCUGGCAGUUGGUGAAGUUGAAGAUGGCAUUUUCAAAAAGAGAAAGGAAGAUGACGAGAGCUUUAAAAGAAGAAACAAGGAGAAAAGAAAAAGAAUGAAGAGAGAACAAGCAGCACCUGCUUUCCUUCCAUCUGGACAGUUUGCACCCCAGGCACUCGGUCGGGGCAACAGUUCUGCCCCAAAUGCGAUUAACAACCCAAGGCAAGCGGCCUAUGAAAUGAGAAUGCAGAAUUCAAAUUUCAACCACACAGACUCAAAUGCUUCAGGAACAAAACGGAAAGCUGAUGACAGCGACAGUGAGCCUGAGCCAGAAGAUAAUAUCAGGUUAUGGGAAGAUGGCUGGAAACAACGCUAUUAUAAGAAUAAGUUUGAUGUUGAUGCCUCAGAUGAGAAAUUUCGCCGGAAAGUUGUACAGUCGUAUGUUGAAGGACUUUGCUGGGUGCUGAGAUAUUAUUACCAGGGAUGUGCUUCGUGGAAGUGGUUCUUCCCGUUCCAUUAUGCUCCUUUUGCAUCAGAUUUUGAGAACAUCACAGAGCUUUUUACAGAAUUUGAAUUGAACACAAAACCAUUUAAACCACUUGAACAACUCAUGAGUGUAUUUCCAGCCGCUAGUGGGAACUUUCUGCCAACUACAUGGAGGAAGCUUAUGAGUGACCCGGACUCGAGUAUAAUCGACUUUUACCCGGAUGAUUUUGCUAUUGAUUUAAAUGGAAAGAAAUAUGCUUGGCAAGGUGUUGCUCUCUUGCCAUUUGUUGAUGAGCGUCGUCUGAGAGCCGCUUUGGAAGAGGUUUACCCUGACCUCACUCCUGAUGAAAUAAGAAGAAAUAGCCUUGGAGGUGAUCAUUUGUUUGUUGGGAAACACCACCCUUUAAAUGACUUUAUACAUGAAUUGUACAAGACAAACUCUAUUGAGCCAACUGACAUACCCCCUGAAUUGUGCCAUGGUAUUCAAGGAAAACUUGAAAUUCAUGAAGGAGCAAUUUUACCCCAUAAGAUUGUGGAAUCACCAGUUCCUAUGUUACGAGAUUUGGCUCAGAAUUAUUCAAUUGGCAUAAAGUUUAAAGAUCCAGAGUACGAAGAGGGUUAUGUUUUUAAAGCGGUGGUUUUACAAGGUGCAAAGAAGCCCCCUAUAACCUUAAAACCAGGAGACUGGGAGAGGACAAACAACAACGGAAGACCAUGGAGACCACAGAUUGGCUUCAAUCACAAUAGAAAGCAGGGUCACCUAGAUCAAUCUGCGUUCCGAACUUUGGGGCAUACAUUACCACAAACCAGAGGUCAUGCAAGGGGUGGGCAUUAUGGCAACAUCCCCCCUCCAGGAUCAUACAAUCCUAUAAAUACAUACAGAAUGCCCUCUAGACAACCUCAGCUACAAAACUUUUUAACUCCUGUUGAUGCAAGGAUGCAAAAUUCCUGGGGAAACCGCCCGCCUGUAUUUAACCAGCCACCACAAAGAAGUUAUGGACAAAUGCAGGCCCCAAACCCUGCUUUCCCAAAUCAACAGAUGGGACCUGGAGGACCAAGUAAUUAUUACCAGAGACAUGGCGGAGACCGAAAUAGACAGGGAUACAGCCAAGGAAGGAAUUUUCAUUUACCACCACCUUCUGGAAGAUACAAUUGGAAAUAAUUGCAUUCUUUUCAAAAUCAACUUUUUUUUUUUUGUUUUUUAAACCUUUUUUUUAA